AAGAGCCUUUGGCCGUCGACACUGUACAAGUAUUUGCCCGUUUCCGCCACUCUACAGUCCUUUGUAAUAAUGUCGUCUGAACAUGAAGAUAGACCCAGAGAUAAUGGCCCUGAGGGGAUGGAGCCAGAUGGAGUCAUUGAGAGCAACUGGAAGGAGAUCGUUGAUAGUUUUGACGAAAUGAACUUGCGAGAGGCUCUUCUUAGAGGAAUCUAUGCUUAUGGUUUUGAGAAACCUUCGGCUAUUCAGCAGAGGGCAAUUCUCCCUUGUAUCAAGGGGUAUGAUGUCAUCGCACAGGCUCAGUCUGGCACAGGAAAGACAGCUACCUUUGCCAUCUCUAUCCUGCAGCAGGUUGAUGUUGAGCUGAAGGCUACACAAGCUAUGGUACUGGCUCCUACCAGAGAGCUGGCCCAACAGAUUCAGAAGGUGGUCCUGGCUCUUGGAGACUACAUGGGUGCUACCUGCCAUGCCUGCAUUGGUGGCACCAACGUCCGCAAUGAUGUUCAGAAGCUUCAGGCAGAUGUGCCCCAUAUAGUGGUUGGGACACCUGGUCGUGUUUUUGACAUGCUCAACCGUAGAUAUCUCUCUCCUAAAUAUAUAAAGCAGUUUGCGCUGGAUGAGGCAGAUGAAAUGUUAAGUCGUGGUUUCAAGGACCAAAUCUAUGAGAUCUUUCAGAAGUUGGCCACAGAUACUCAGGUGAUUCUGUUGUCUGCCACCAUGCCUCAAGAGGUGCUGGAGGUGACUACAAAAUUCAUGCGGGAUCCUAUUCGUAUCCUGGUCAAGAAAGAAGAACUGACUCUCGAGGGUAUCCGGCAGUUCUACAUUAAUGUUGAGAAAGAGGAGUGGAAGUUGGACACCCUUUGUGAUCUCUACGAAACACUGACUAUCACUCAGGCGGUGAUCUUCAUCAACACUCGCCGGAAGGUGGAUUGGUUGACUGAGAAAAUGCAUGCGAGGGACUUCACAGUUUCUGCACUGCAUGGUGACAUGGAACAAAAGGAGAGGGACAUCAUUAUGAAAGAGUUCAGAUCUGGUUCCAGCAGAGUCCUCAUCACUACUGACUUGCUGGCAAGAGGCAUUGAUGUGCAGCAAGUUUCCCUGGUCAUCAACUAUGAUCUUCCAACCAACAGGGAGAACUAUAUCCAUCGAAUUGGACGUGGUGGUCGUUUUGGCAGAAAGGGUGUUGCUAUCAACAUGAUCACCGAAGAUGACAAGCGCACGCUCCGAGACAUUGAAACCUUCUACAAUACUACGGUGGAGGAAAUGCCCUUGAACGUUGCAGAUCUGAUCUAAGGCCACUGCCUCAUCCUUUCCUCCCCUUCGAUUCCCAUUUGUUUUCCUUUAAGACUCAUUCCAACCCACACCCCUUUUUCAUGUAACCCCCACCCCCUCACAAAUCAAGUACUGUCACUUUUGAAGGCAAGAUAUUCUCUUGUGAAUCUUGUGUAACAUGUUGGCUUCGUCAGUGAAUACUCCAUUUUAGGAUCAGAAUUCACGGGAUUACUCUUGUAAGGCCCAUUUAAAUCUUGCCCAGUUCUCUGAAUGGUGCCAUCUACUAGUCAAGUGGAAGCAUUACAGGGCUUAUUUGCAUGUGUAGUGUAAAUGUUAAUGGACUGACUGUUGAAGUGGAUUUGAUAUGCCCUGCUUCUCUUGAGAGUGUUGGUCAAACCAUAUUUGAGAUGUGACUGUUUACAUUGGAAUAAAUAAAAAAACAGUUGGGGCAAGGCAUGUAAAUUACAGAAUGAUUUGAUUGUUUUACAUGGGGGACUUGGACUUUGGCUACAGAUGUCAAGUCACUGCCAUUUGCUUCACAGAAGCAUGAGUAGUUAUACAUGAUCUGCUUGAGCAGCAACAUGCUUCUGCUCAAUAGAAUGAGGGACAAACCUAAUUGCAGAAUGUGGUCAAAGUCAAUUUUCCCCACUGUCCAAAUUCUUUUGUUACAUCUCUUGUAUUGUCCUGUUUGUGUUCGCUUGUAGCUUUUUGAUUUUUCUAAAUAUGCUUUACUCUGGUGGGGCAGGUGGCAU